GGUGCGGAGGUGCGUAUCCCUGGGGGUGAGCGACUGGGCUCUGCAGUCCGACCAGCAGGAGAGAGCCAGACUCCGGCUGUCACCAUGGCCAAGUUCAGGGUGAGGGUAUCCACCGGAGAGGCCUUCGGGGCCGGCACGUGGGACAAAAUGUCUGUCAGCAUCGUGGGGACCCGAGGAGAGACCCCCCCACUGCCCCUGGACCAUCUCGGCAAAGAGUUUAACGCGGGCGCCGAGGAGGACUUCGAGGUGACGCCCCCCCAGGACGUGGGCCAGGUGCUGCUGGUGCGCGUCCACAAGGCGCCCCUAGCGCGAUCCCGGCCCCUCGCGCCCUCGGCCGGGGACGCCUGGUUCUGCCGCUGGCUCCAGCUCACGCCGCCGCAGGGGGCCGCGCCGCUAUGCUUCCCCUGCUACCAGUGGCUGGAGGGCGAGGGGAGCCUGCUGCUGCGGGAGGGGACAGCGAAGAUCUCAUGGGAAGACCACCACCCCACGCUCCAGCAACAGCGCAGGGAGGAGCUGCAGGCCAGGCGGGAGGCCUAUCGCUGGAAGACUUACAUCCCAGGCUGGCCUCGGUGCCUCAACAAGGAGACUGUAAAAAACCUGAACCUCAACAUCAAAUACUCUGUGGCCAAGAACACCACCUUCUACCUGCGGGGCGGCUCUGCGCUGGCUGAGCUGAAACUCAAAGGGCUGCUGGACCGCAAGGGACUCUGGAAGAGUCUGAAGGAAAUGAGACGGGUGUUCAACUUCCGGAAGACUCCAGCUGUGGAAUACGUGUUUGAGCACUGGCAGGAGGAUGCCUUCUUUGCCUACCAGUUCCUGAAUGGCCUCAACCCCGUCCUGAUCCGACGCUGUCACUACCUCCCCAAGAACUUCCCUGUCACCGAUGCCAUGGUGGCCCCAGUGUUGGGCCCUGGAACAAGCCUGCAGGCCGAGCUGGAGAAGGGGUCUCUGUUCCUGGUGGAUUACGGCCUCCUUGCUGGUGUCCGCACCAAUGUCAUCAAUGGGAGGCCUCAGUUCUCCACAGCCCCAAUGACCCUGCUAUACCAGCACCCCGGCCAUGGGCCCCUGCUGCCGCUCGCCAUCCAGCUCAGCCAGACCCCUGGGCCCAACAGCCCCAUCUUUCUGCCCAGUGAUGACAAGUGGGACUGGUUGCUGGCCAAGACGUGGGUGCGCAAUGCCGAGUUCUCCAUCCACGAGGCCCUCACACACCUGUUACAGGCACACCUGGUGCCCGAGGUCUUCGCCCUAGCUACGCUGCGCCAGCUGCCCCACUGCCACCCCCUCUUUAAGCUGCUGAUCCCUCACACUCGGUAUACCUUGCAUAUCAACACGCUGGGCCGAGAACGGCUCAUCGCCCCUGGGCAGGUGGUGGACAGGUCCACAGGCCUUGGCAUUGGAGGCUUCUCUGAGCUGAUACAGAAGAACAUGGAACAGCUGAACUAUUCUGCCCUGUGUCUGCCUGAUGAUAUCCGGGCCCGAGGAGUUGAAGACAUCCCAGACUACUACUACCGGGAUGAUGGGAUGCAGAUCUGGGGUGCAGUGGAGCGCUUUGUCUCCGAAAUGAUUGACAUCUACUACCCGAGUGAUGAGUCUGUCCGCGAUGACAGUGAACUCCAGGCCUGGGUGUGGGAGAUCUUCUCCGAGGGCUUCCUAGGCCGGGAGAGCUCAGGUCUACCCUCCACCCUGGGGACGCGGGAAGCCCUGAUACAGUACGUCACCAUGGUGAUAUUCAACUGUUCGGCCAAGCAUUCGGCUGUCAGUGCGGGGCAGUAUGACUUUGGUGCCUGGAUGCCCAACCUGCCACCCACCAUGCAGCUGCCACCGCCCACCUCCAAAGGCCAGGCCAGGCUGGAGGGGUUCUUAGCCACUCUCCCACCAGUCAAUGCCACGUGUGAUGUGGUCACUGCCCUCUGGCUGCUGAGCAAGGAGCCUGGAGACCGACGGCCCCUGGGCACCUACCCAGAUGAGCACUUCAUCGAGGAGGCCCCACGCCGGAGCAUCGCUGCCUUCCAGAGCCGCCUCGCUGAGAUCUCACGAGACAUCCAAGAGCGAAACCGCAGCCUGGCGCUACCCUACCCCUACCUGGACCCUCCCCUCAUUGAGAAUAGUGUCUCCAUCUAACUGCCCUGGGGAACAGGGCUCCAUGGGGCAUUGCUCUAGGCUACCUGCCGCCCAGAGAAAAGGACUCCCCAGAAAAUCAGGCCUCCCAUGCCUCUCCUGGGACACCCCAGCCUGGUAUAACUCACCCCCCAACACACAUAUGGCGAAACAGAAACAAAGCAAAAACAUAAAACCCCAGAGAACAGAACCUCAUUGGACGGCACCACUAUGCCUUUUGAAGAUUCUAAGCCUCAAAGUGCCUGCACACCUGCAGCCCCCUGGAAGGGUACUAUGGGGGGAACACAGUCCUGCCCCUGGUCCCACUGACCACAGCUGACUGGACCUAAUGGUCACCUGACUCAAGGCCAGCCCUCCUCUAGACUAUCCGCCUGAAAACUGCCAGAGAAGAUGAUAGUGACCUGUGGUCACAGCUUUAAAAUGAACAACCCACUGAGAAGGAGCCACAGGAAGCAAGGCAGGAGGACAUAUUGCCCAGGACAAGCAGGCAGUGCCAACAUCCACUUUUUGAAAAAACAUGCCCCAAAGUUGGACAAAAGCCUUGCGUAUUAUAAAACAGUUUCCACUUCUGGAGACUUAAGCGAUAUAUAAUUCAUCAUACAUUGCCUUCUAGAUUCAAUCUUCAAUGACAGAAUUCUAACAUUUCAUAUACAUUCUUCUGUUUUUCUUUUUUCUUGUUCUGACUCAGUGAACAUCCGUUAAGGCCAAAAAUGUGUCCCCUUGAAUUCACCUGAUGAUUUCCAUCCCUGUCUCAUAGUGUAGGCAAUAGAGCUCUGGUUUUUUCAGUUUCACUGAUUUUUAUAAAACACUGUAGACAGAUACAAUAUAUAUUUGAAUAAUUGCACAAACAUGGACACUGAAAUAAAUAGAACAAUGCUUCAGAAAGGGGAAUGCAACUCACAGCACUGGAACUGUUCAUUCUUUAUUGAGAUUCAGUGCAGCCCCAAAUGAUGCAGAGAUACAGCUGUCAAGCUUCUUUUGUUUAAAACAAUUCCUGCAAACUCAAGCAAUAAAGGAAUUUGUGAAAAAGAAA